AUUUAAUUACAGUUUACAUAUAAAAUAGCAAAAUAGCGAUGUCUGGUCGCAUUAAUUGCCGGGAAGCUUAAUGUUGGCAAUAAGGACGUAUAAUCCGCGAUGUAACGGGUAUUUCGAUUAAUCUUGUCACAAUGUAAUGUAUUUAUACGAACAAAAAGCUACCAUACGUCUCGCCGAGUGAUCGAUAGAGGUCGGCGAGAGGGUAGGCAGGGGAAGUAGAGAUUAAUAUGUCAAUUAGAGUGUCUGCAGUGACAGUUAUUUCUCUGUAUAAGCGAUGAUAAGCGAGAGGGGAUGUUCUCUCCAUACUCCAGUCACGUAUGCACAUAGUCUACAGGGUGUUCCACUUCGGCGGUGUCACCUGUCGAGCACAGAUCCUCCCGGAGGGUCUAUUUUUUCCCGACGAAAAUGUCGAAGUAGAUUUUCGAGCAAUUAGCGGAGAAAAAUAAGGGACUUUCUUGCAAUAUUGUCAUCGUUUGACGUUGUCUUUAACUUUCUUAGCCUUUAAUGUCCUUAACAUUCUUAGUCGGGUCGUUUAUUUCAACGAAAUAUUAAUUUUCUUAUAAUAACGUUAUACAAGUUUUUCAUGUGAAAUUAUGUGUUUUUCAAUAAGUUGCUGCAGACGAUGAUUUCCCUUGACAUUUACGCGCUAACCCGCCUCCAAACUAGUCAAGGACUCCGCCGUUAAAAGAUGAAACGGCAGAAGUGGAACGCUCUAUAUACAUACAGCGACGAUUACUGUCCACGCACGCAUGCACGCACGCAUGGCGGGCAGCAGCCUUCUGGAAAGUUUUUUUCCCAAAUUGCUCGCACAUCGCGUCUCGCCGUUGACAGACUUUUAAAACGUUAUACGGACGGCUGAGCAGAACGAGGAUUGGAUCUAAUCUCUCUAUGAAUUAAAUAUCUCGAUGAUUCUCGAGAACUGAUAGAUUCGCAGAAAUUGAUUCAUUAUAUAUUCAAGCGUCUAAUAUAAGAAUUUAAAAACCUGAUUUCACAAAGCAGACCUCUCACGAUUCUCGUGUGUCGUGUCCUGAUCAAUCAAAGACAUGUAUUUAAAAUUGAGAAUUGCAAAUUUUUUUUUCACGCGUGAGAAAGAAAACCUGAAAUAUGUCUAUUGCUUUCUGCGCUUCAAGCUAUACGCGAUUCCUUAAACGUAUAGUCGAAAUUGUAGGUCGUGUCGUCGAAUUCGUACGGAGGAUGAUCGCAGUUUGGAGAAACCUCGCGCGUCACUCGAUCCGUUAGAAAAGCCACAUCGUUUCCUGUGUAAACGUACUUUGUACGUAAAUGUCCAGGUACCUUCCGCCCAAAUCGGCUCAGGAGUUAUUGUAUGCAUAUCGUAUGUCACACCCGGAAGUCAUUAGUCAUCGCUUAUCCAUUUAAUUUAGGCGCGGUGAAAAGCGCGCUGCUUAUUUAUUUCGUCGGGCGUAACGCGAGAGAUUUACAUUAAAAGCUGCGAAACGUCCGCCGUUAACUAAAUAUGUGCACGCCACAAUCGACGCGGCAAACGGUCGCGCGGAGUAAUUAUUUCCGCGUAUUUCGUAUUAUCGACGGCACUUCCGGUUGCGCGGUUACACCGCGAGGAUUACGCGGCGGCUCAAGGAUGUGUGUAUUGCGCGGAUUGCGUCAGGAUUGCGUGCCCGUCGUCCGCGCGAUUGCGUUGCGUCCGCGCGACGUCUCUCCUCUCGUCUCGAGAGAGAAACCGCCGUGAUAAACAUUUGCGGGUGAUCUGUGACGCGCAUACAAUGGCCCCUUUUGUUCUUCGUUCGAGGCGGCGCGCGACGCGUCUCUGGUCGAGGAUCGCGUUAUCUUCCGCGCGAUAGGAGCGCGCGCGAUUACGACCGGCCAUCAAGCAUUCAAAUUACCGGAAAGUCAUUAAACGUGCGGCCGGCGGAGAGUGAAGAGAAUAGUCCAUUUACCGCGCUUCCACUGAGAGAUACGUAAAGCAUAAAAUAAGCUCUCUUGCAGCACCAGCAUUCUUCGCGCCGAGAAGUGCCUCUUAACUUGAGAUUUCGUGACAUCUUUUGGAUGUACGUCAUAUAAAAAUGACAGCAUUCCAAAAAGAUAGCACGGUUUCUCCAGGCAUCUAAUUAAAUUUGCCAAUUUGUCGAAAACAUGACGCCAAAGGAACGUUGAAUAAAAUAUUCAUUCCUAGCUGGAUUUAUUUCCAUUAGACUUCACUUUAAUCGCGAGAUCUAGCAACAUGUAUACGUGCUGCUUGAUGCAAAAAUAUGCUAAUUGCGUUGUUUUUCACCGCGCUCCCUUCUAUCGACGUCUCCACAUGAUGUACAGAUUACUACCAUGUAUUCCACGAAUUCCAAGCGGCCGUAUUCCGAUUAUGCCGUUGAUUUCUAGCGAAUUUUUAGCGGUUGUUUAUUCGUUUCCUUUGUAUUCUUUGAAUCGCAGAAAUUCAGCAAAAAUAUUUUUAUGCUAACUGAAUCCGUUUGAUGCUGUUUGCAUGGCGAAAAUUACGCCGAAAAUCUGCAGAAUGUGAGUUGCGAAACGUUGGGAGUUUGAUGAGCCGCGGUAGAUAAAUCGAAAUAUCCGAAACGGUAAAAACGUGCUCGGCGAAUUUGUUAUGUCGCGCGCUCGGCGCGUCGAUGAUAGAGUAUCGUUAUCGACGUGUCAGAUAACGAUCAUUCGAAACGCCCAGCAGAAAUAGCAUCGCAUUGCUACCGGGCUUUAGUAUCGCGCGAGCCGUUGAAGGUGGAUCGAAAAGUCGUGCCGAAAGGAGCAUGCGAGUAGACGAGGAUGACCGACCCCGUUCAGGGUUGGGCUCUCGACGAACCGGUAAACUAGAUCGUUGACAUCUCCCUCCCCCGUCGACAAUUCUAAUUUCGGAUUUAGCUCUAGUUAAGAUAAAGAACAAGAGAGACUCCUACACCGAGAGAUACAAUAAAGAAGAUAAGCCGAUAAGAGAGAUAAUGAAAAAAGUCGUUGCGGCGAUCCGCGGUUGAUUCUGGGAGGAGGCGGGACGAAAAUGGUCGAAAAGGCAAAAGGAUGACGAAGAGAAAAGACGGAGAAAGAAAAAAGUAGGAGUGAACAGGUGAAAGACAAUUGACAGCGAAAUUAGCAUAAUUGAAGCGUGAAAUUUCCGGUGGCUACGACACACGUGGACGUGGAUCGCGAAUGGAAUCGCUUCUCAACGGAGAAGAAAAGACAAUAAACAAGGAAAAAGAAAAGAACGAAAAAAAAAUUUUGUCGGUGAAAAAUCUUCACGAUUAAGACGUGGAAUUUCUACUGAUCGUGUUGGUCAAAAUAAGUACAAUUAGUUCUAAUAAAAAGCUAAAGAAACGGCAAAGAAGAUUAAAGGCAGGAAAAAAAGAGGUAGAAAACUUUGAAAGAAUAACCGCGAGAUUAAGAAGUGACGUGGAUAAAAAAAUUUCGAGAAAAAACAAUGAACGCGCGUUUGCACGAGGUGGCAGCAGGAGAAGGGGGAGGAGGAGUUGAGACAGGGGAGGAGAGUGGAAACAUCAUUCUCGGCGACGGUUGUCAGCGGCGGGGUCGUUGCACCGACCUCCGCGACGACUGGAUCGGCAAGGCGUCGGGUUACGCCGAUGUCGGUGUACGUCACAUGGCGAGAGGAAACGAGAUCGAUUUCCCGUCGCGCGAAUUGCUGAGACCACCGCUGCCGCCGCCGCUACCGCCGUCGUCUUAUGGUCCAGCGAUCGCGUUUAGCAACGUGGACAUCUUACCCGGCAUUAUUGCCGCACCCUCUUCCAGCAUUACGUCACACGCUGGUGAUAAUACUAGAUCACGAGCUUGCGAUAUCGGGACGACAUCUUGCUCCACGACGAGAUUUCCGUAUGCGCCUGGUUGCAACGUGGCGUGCAGUAAUGCACCAGCGACGACGUGCAAUGUCGCUUCAGCGGGCGCCGAUUGCAACGAUCCGACGACGGUGGCAACGUGGUAUCGCAACGACGACGGUCAUUUGGCCGAGCCGCAGCAGCCGGGAACUCGCGCGGCGAACACGGCGGCCUCGAGGAUCUGCCAGGUGGGCCCGAUUGACGUCGAGGAUCUCGCGAUGUACUUCGAUCCACCGGCGGACGGCUGCAAGCCACCCUCGGCGGGCAAUCGCGCGAUCCACUCGAGGAGGUCGCGAUACGGACAGGCCGCGAGGAUGGACCAGCCCCCUCGGGAGUACCGCCGCGAUCUCGACUUCCGUGAUCUACCCUCUUGCGAUCUGGCGCCCAACGAUCUACGGACUUGCGACAUGGGGCCCAGCACCAUGGGAUAUUGCGAUCUGGGGUACGGCGAUCCACGGCUCCGCGACUUGGGAUACGACGGCCCGCGAUUUUUCUCGGGCCCGAGACUUAUUAGCGAUCCGCGAUUCGGCGGCGUGAGGCUGUGCGAGGAGCAGCAGCAGCAGCAGCAGCCCCACCACGAACCGGGCCGACACAAUCUGGGCGAUCCGGGACCGGGCAAUUGGUACUGCAACGACUGCCCGGAACUGUUCAAUUUCUGCAGCGAGGAACGGUGGCUGCAGUGCCCGGUGAGCGAUCGCUGUCCCCUUUACGACACCUCGUACGCUUACGGCGCGCCCGUCUUGCCGCCGUGCAUGUACGAGAGUGGUUACAAUGAUAACGAUAACUGGCAUUACGGCUACGUGGAGGAUGAACAGCUCGAGGAUUAUUUGAGCAACGAGAAAAGGAAGGAGAGAUCCCGCGAUGCAGCGCGCUGCAGGCGUAGCCGGGAAACCGAUAUCUUUACCGAGCUCGCGGCCGCGCUUCCGGUCGCGCCGGAACAAACGGCGCUCUUGGAUAAGGCCAGCGUAAUGAGGUUGGCAAUUGCCUACCUCAAAGUUCGGGCCGUCGUGGAUUCCAUUCCAGUUACGCUGGCAAAAUCCGAGUCGUCCGCGAAGAUGGAUGAACUAUUUCCAAAAGCUCUCAAUGGUUUUAUGUUAGUACUCUCCAGUGACGGCAAUAUGGUCUACCUCUCAGAGAACGUCAGAGAUUAUCUCGGAGUGUCACAAAUGGAUAUGAUGGGACAAAGUGUAUACGAAUACAGUCAUCCCUGCGACCAUGAUGAAUUGCGCGAGUGCCUCUCCUCGAAGUCGACGGAAAGCAAUGAGAAACGUGCCUGCAACUUUUUCCUGCGGCUCAAAUGUACCCUCACCAGCAAAGGCAGGAAGGUCAAUCUGAAGAGUGCUUCUUACAAGGUGAUUCACUGCACCGGCAGAUUGACAAACAUUCGCGACUCAAACUCGAACUCUAUGGAAGUUGAUAAUGAGGAGCGACGUAAUAGCAAAGAGGAUGAGGACGUGGAACAAGAUACAGGCGCUUCUCUGGUGCUCGUGGGUAGUCCCAUACCUCACCCCAGUAACAUCGAGAUACCCCUGGGACGCCACACGUUUUUGUCAAAACACAGUCUCAGCAUGAAGUUCACCUACGCCGACGAGAAAUUAGCCGAAUACUUGGGCUGGAGCAGCGACGAGCUGAUGGGCCGAUCGGUCUUCGAGUUUUAUCACGCACUCGACAAUCUGACGCUGGACAAGAGUUUCAAAUGCCUGUUCAGCAAGGGCCAGUGCGAGACCGUGGCGUACAGAUUCCUCGGUAAGCGGGGCGGCUAUGCCUGGGUUGUCACUCAGGCCACCCUCAUCCACUGCUCCAAGCAGCUGAAACCGAUCUCCGUCGUCUGCGUCAACUACAUCCUAAGUGGGAUCGAGCACGAGGAUGAGGUGUACAGCGUGCGCCAGUUGGCCGCACGUGACAGCGACGCCGAUCUGGUGAAGAUAGAGAGACCGUUGCCGGUCCUGGUGCCGACCGGCCCACCACGUUCCAUAUCGACGACAGACUCGAAUCAGGUGUCGCUGACCAACGACGAGGAGGAGAUUCCUCCCGCGGAGGAAUCGGCCGUCGACGACGAGUCCAACGAUCGACCGUUCGCCGUCACCGCGUCGAUCUUCCGCUCGGUCGACGUAAAGGCCGGCUGCAAGGACGAUUCGCGGAAGGACGACGCCUUGCCGAAACACGCCCAGGAGGAGAAGGCGUUCGUGCAGGCUCUCAAGGAGUCCCUGGAAGAGUCGAUUAAGGAGUCGCUGAAGGAGAACGACGAGCCGGCAGCGGUGAACCGACUGAACUGCCGGCAGUCCUUCGCUAAGAAGACACCCUUCAUAUUCCAGGAUAAACCGACGGUGGUGAGCGAUUCAUCGGACAGCGCUGGACACUGUGAUCGUCCGCAGUCGGUCACGAGACAUCUGUUCGCACCGCUCGCGGCCGCCGUGCAGCAACAGGAACAGCAGCAGCAACAGCAGGAACAGUCGCAAUUAUCCUGUCGACCGCAAACGGCCACGGCGAGCAUCUUCGCGCCUCGCACCGAGGACAUGAACAAGGGCUUCUUGACUUUCAGCGAGGAUCAGCCGGGUCUCACUAUGUUGAAGGACGAGCCAGAGGACCUGACACAUCUCGCACCCACGGCCGGCGAUGUGUGCGUACCCCUGGAGGACAGUCCCUUCCUGUCGGAAAUGCUGGACGAGUUUAUCUUCGGCAACUACAGCUGUCCCCUGCUGAGUCCAGGUGACACUCUGAUGCCGGAGUUACGUUCCGCGGAUCUCUCGGCGUCUCUCAAGGAUGCAGAUCUGGUGGACGCCGCUACCAGGACCAAGGACGCGGUCGACCGUCUGGCCAGUAGUGAUCCCUUCAUGUACGGCGACUCGCCCGGAAGUCCCUGCGGCAUCGGCCCGAACACCGUUUCGCCGUCCCUCUCGAAGUACCGGCAUAGUCCUGAGCGCAGCGUGGACUCACUGGGUAGUCCCACAGGAGGUAGCGGCGGCGAUGGACUCUCCGAGGACGAGAUGCUUAUGUUGGGUAUCAGCGACAGCAUAGGCGAUGAAGAGUUGGCGCUCAGAGCGCCCUAUAUUCCGAUGUCGGACCAGGACGAGGCGUUAGAGCUCCUCAUUAACGAUGACAUGGUCAUGUGGGGCUCAUCGCAAUCUGUCGACAAAGGAUCCUCGAAAUGGCUUCUCGACGAUCGAGAGCAACGUAAUUCCGAUUCCAGUCUGGCACAAUUGCUGCGAACCGAUCAAGCGGUGUCGCGGCGAUACAACGAUCACGGCGGAGGUUUGCUAAAUCCGACGCAGAUACUGGGACAAGCACCAAGAAAAAACACACUCUUCGAGUCCGAUCGAUGGUCCUCUAAUCCGGAGCGUCCCAAUAAACGCAUUCACCCUGGAUUUAACACGGACUCAGAGAGCGAGUACAAGCGUCUUAAGUGCGAAGAUUCAUCUUUCGAGCAUUUAAAUCUCGAGGAUACCUUGGUGACGAAGCAGCAGCGGCUGCCGACGGCGCUUCACAAGAAGUCGCCGCCGAGUCUCGGCAACACCUGCGGCAGCCAGCUUUUGCGCCGCCUUGUCUCGUCGCAGAUGUCGAGCAUCGUAUCGCAGACGGCAACUCUGCCCGACGGCAACACUCGCGAUGGCGGCGGCGAACGUCGUCGCGGGGACGUUUCGAAGCAGCGCGCUCGCGUCCUCGACGACAUCAUCGACUUCGUCGAGACGGAGGGCGACCGCGGCGGGGGAGGAGGCGGGGGCGAGAAUCGCGGCGGUAUCGGCGACGGCCUAGACAAGAUCGACGCGACGAGUCGGAGGAGGAAUCCCACCUGCGGCGCCGGCGGCAGCAGCGUGCUAAUGAAUCUCCUGGUUUCCGGCUGCGACGAUCCUCUAAUGAAUUCCCGCAAUGUGCCAACUCAGUUGUCGAGGAACCUGAGCCCGUUGUCCAUCAACGUGGACAAUCAGAUGGUGCCGCAUUGCGCGAAUACAGACAUCAUAUCUUUGCCGGAUCACCUCAGUCCGGAUACCAGGAAGCACUUGAUCGGGCCCUUCACCGGCGGCGGCGGCGGCGGGGAAAACGGCGGUACAACUCCCAUAGUCUCUCCCACGACGUCCGCGAUGGCAUCCUUCGACGGCUUCGACUGGAUCCGCGACGGAUCCACGGGUUUGCUUCAAGUGGGAUCGGAUCUACUCGGGGGACUGCUGGAUAGAAAUCUGGUGUGAUCCAGCGCGAUGAAAUUUGCGUAGACCCACCAGAGGAUCGAUCAGGGAAAUUAGAAGCCAGAUUCGUUCAAUAGAUUCGCUUUUUCGUGAGAAGUUUUAGAAGUUUCUCUUUUAUUUUCUUUUGUAACACGAUUUGAAUUAUUGCUUAUUGUAAUUAAAUUACAAUUAAGUUGUUGAUUAAUUUGGUUUUUUGACGUCACACUUGAUUUCGGAGCUUGUGAAAUAUACUAAAUACAAAAAUACAGAACAGAGAGCGGAAAAAGGAAUUAGAAUGCGCUCGAAGUGCACUAAGGGAUUUUAUGAGAAUCCUGCUUCUAAUUUCUGCGUGUAAAUAGGUUGUUUAAUUCCCGGUGCUUUUUAAUAAUUCGCUAAAUAUCCGAAGAUCCCAGAAACGCGAUAAAUGCAGCGUAGUUUAUAUUAAAUGUUCAGGAGGACAUUCGAUUAAUGUAAAAGUGGCGCGACUCGAAGAGCUUAGAUCCAGAUUUAAUUGAUAUUUUUAGAGUAAUCUUUUUACGAUGGUUUCUUUAAGUAAACAAUCGAUUCGCGUCAUUUCAACGUUCAAUCGAUACAUUUUUUUUACACCGAAGUGUGCAAGCGAACGUUUAAUCAAGUGUGUGUCAAGAUUUUCACGAAUUAAUACGACGAGGGAAUUAUAAUCUGUGCGUUUUGACGAGCUGCGUAGCGAGUUAAGUUUGACAUGGUGAGAUGUCUCUGUUGUAAAAAUGCGAGUGAUAUCUUUUAAUUGAGUCGAUCAAAGGCUAUACCGUUUUUAUUAUAAAAAGAAUUUUUAAAUUUUGUACGUAUUUUUUUACAUAUCUUACAUGUACCAUAUAUUUUUUUAAUUGAAUGCGAAAAUGUUGAAAUUUGUUUAAAGAACAAACGUGUUUAAGGAUAAAUUUUCGGUAAGUCAAAUUUAACGUUCUAGAAAAUUAUUUUCUACUAAAAUUUAUGAUUUUUGUUGCAAAUUCUUGUUUAAUCACUUUUAUUUGAUUUUGAACGAAAUCGUUCGAUUGUUGUCGUUGAACGAAAUCGAACGGUAAUGUUCAAUGCGGUAGGAUUUAAAGUAUAAGCAUAAUAAAGCGUGCAUAAUUAUCAAGGAAAGUGAUAGGAAAGAUAAAAUGUUAUUUAAUAAUGAUAUUAUCAUCGAAAUUCAAUGUACUAAAAAAUUUAUAGGCAUCCGGAAUAAAAUAAUCUCGAUUGGUUCUAAAAGUAAUUAAUUUUUUAAUUAAAGAAUUAUUUGAAUAUUUCUAAUAGAAAGAAGAAAAUGUUAUAGCCUUUUAGCGACUCGGUUUGUCUUUUCUAAAGUUGUAUAUAAACGAGUGCAUUUAUGCGCAUUGCGUGUGCAAAUUUGCAUAAUAUAUUAUUAAGUAGGGAAUUUAAUAAAAUAGGAAGGAACUUUAAGUUGAGAGCGAUAUAUGUUAUUGGAUUUGAAAAGAAUAAUGAGUGAUUAUUUCAUAUUCGUUUCGGAAUUCAAGAAAGUAAUGAUCAAAACAAAAGAGAAAGAGAGUGGAAAACUCAACUUUCUUUAAAAAAAAAAUGUAAUAUGUUAACAAAUGUUUUUUAUUUUAAAAGAUAUAAUAUGUCAAAAACAAAAAAUGAAAUAUUUCAGAGACGUUUUUUUUUACUAAGUUAAUUUAGUUCUAACAUUCCUUUAAUCUUUGUUUUGCACAUCUUCCUAAUAUGAAACAAAGCAAUGGAGCAACAUGGACAUCGGUUAGAUAUAUCAUUUUGAAUUUUUAAAUUAAUAAAGCGUGACAAAUCGCAACAUUGCUGCGUCAUCGUUAUUGCAUAUCAAAUUAAGGUAGUCGCGAUGUUCUUUUCAUAUGUUGCUGAUUGUCAUCUUUACUGAUUGUUGUGUCACGAUAAUUUCUACUGGAUUUCAAUCAUGAUUCAUUUGUUGCUGCUGCACCGUGAUUAUUCGUUGCAUACGAGUAAUAUCUUAGCAUUAUGAUUAGCGUUAUGUUUGUCACUGCAAUUACUGCAGUUACCAUUGUCAUAUAAAUUGAGACAUAUAUGUUUUUUAUUAUAAUUUUAUUUUAAUACAAUAUUAUUGCAGGUCUAAUCAUAUUAUAAUAGUGAUGAAUGAAUAUGAUAGUUGACGGUAUGAAAUGGUUAUGAUAUGGAUACAAAAAAAGGAUAACCAAUAUUUAGAAAUAAAUAUUUCUAAAAUUA